AUGGAUCGUGCCGCGGGUUCUGUUGCACAUCCACCAUAUUUCGAUGGCAACAACUAUGGUGCCUGGAAGGCUAAAAUGAAGUCGUUUCUUUGGUCCUUAGAUGAACGUGUAUGGUACACAGUGGUUCAUGGAUUUUCUGAACCCACAAAGAAGAUCGGAAAAGGAGAUGAAGAAACCAUAGUUCUCAAAUCUAGAGAGGAGUGGACCACUGCAGAAGUCACACACAGUACUAAUAAUCAAAAAGGGUUAAAUGCUAUAUUUACUGCUGUAUCUUCUGAUCAAUUUGAAUAUAUAUCUAGUUGUGAUACUUCUAAGGAAGCUUGGGAUAUUUUGCAGGUCACUCAUGAAGGAACAGAUAUUGUCAAGGGUGCCAAGCUUCAAAUGCACACUCUACAAUUCGAGACAAUUCUGAUGGAUGAGAAUGAAACCUUUUCUGAAUUUUAUGCCAAACUUUGCGUUAUUGUGAAUGCAUGUUCAAAUUUAGGUGAAAAAAUUCCAGAAGAUAGGGUGGUGAAAAAGAUUUUACGGUCCUUGCCUCCACGUUUUUCACCAAAGAUCACAGCCAUUGAAGAGAUUCGUGACCUGAACACUCUGAAAGUUCGUGAACUUAUAGGGUCGCUUCAAACCUACGAGAUGAAGCAUCUAGCUCCUAAGAAAAAUAAAAGCGUUGCUCUUAAAGUAGUUGAUAAUGAAGAUGGUGAACACCAAUCUGAAGAAUUCAAUGGGGAGGAAUUUGCUUAUCUUUCACGACAAUUCAAGAAGUUUUUCAAAUAUCAAAAUUCGAGAAGUCAUGAUUCAAAAAAUCACUCAGGUAUAAAUUCAAAAAUUAAGCAUGGUGAUUACACUGAUGGUAAUUUAAAAUCUCGCAGGUUUACUGAGAAGAAGACCACUAAAGACAGAGUCAAGUGCUAUGAAUGCGAAGGAUAUGGACAUAUUUCCACUGAAUGUGCCAACACACAAAAGAAGCAAAAUGGCAAAGCCAAAGCACUGAAUGUAACCUGGAGUGACAGCGAUUCAGAAUCUGAAAGUGAAGAAAAUACCAUUGCGUUAAUCACCACUGUUAGUUUGGAUAAGGCACAGCAAAACAAUGGGAAUGAUGAAGAACCAAAUAUUGGUUAUGUGCUGGAAAAAUAUGACGAUCUUCUAGCUGCCUCUCAGAAACUGAAUCAACACAACAAAGAGCUUGCCAAAAAGGUUGCUGUGCUGGAGCUUGAAAACAGUAGGAUUGCCAGGACAUUACAAUCCUCUACUGCUGAACCAGAAACAAUUGGUGAAGAAAAGGUUGACAAAAUGAUUAGCAUGGGUCGAAGAGAUGGAGACAAACGUGGCUUAGGUUUUGAUUCACUCAACAAGUCUUUCGCUGUAUCUGUUACAAAUGGAUGUUCGAGACACAUGACUGGUGAAAAAUCAUAUUUUUCAGAAAUCUCUCCAGAAUGCGUGAGUGGAAUGGUUACUUUUGGAGAUGGAAGAAAAUCCAAGAUUUUGGGCAAAGGAAAGAUUAUGGCAACUGGUACACCUAGCUUGGACAAUGUUUUAUUAGUUGAAAAUCUUCAAGCAAACCUCAUCAGUGUAAGUCAACUUUGUGAUGAAAUAGGUAAACGUGAGGGUGUUUGUGAAGGUUGCCAACUGGGAAAGCAAACCAAAAACCCUCACAAAGCUACAAACUCAAUCUCCACCUCUAAAACUUUGGAACUGAUGCAUAUGGAUUUGGUUGGUCCAAUUCAAGUUGCUAGCUUAGGAGGAAAGAAAUACAUUCUUGUCUUAGUAGAUGAUUUCUCACGUUUUACUUGGGUCAUUUUUUUGCAUGAUAAGACAGAAGCCUUUAAUUCCUUCUAUGUUUUGUACAAGCUAAUCAUGAAUGAAAAAUAUGACACUAAUUCUUGUAUCAUGAGACUUAGGACAGACCACGGGAUGGAAUUUGAAAAUCGUGCCUUCUCUGAUUUCUGUUCUGAACAAGGAAUAAAACAUGAAUUCUCUGCUCCAAUCACUCCCCAACAAAAUGGGGUAGUUGAAAGGAAAAAUAGAGUCCUCCUUGACAUGGCUCGUGUCUUGUUAAAAAGUGCCAAAUUGGCGGAUCAUUUUUGGGCUGAAGCCAUCAGUACUGCAUGCUAUACAUCUAACCGUGUGUUUUUCAGGCCACAUACCAAGAGCACUCCAUAUGAAAUCUGGAAAGGGAAGAAACCAAAUGUCAAGCACUUAAGGACUUUUGGUAGUAAAUGCUACAUUUACAAAGACAGGGAGUAUCUUGGAAAAUUUGAUGCAAGAAGUGAUGUUGGAAUAUUUCUUGGUUAUUCUAUGAAUAGUCGAGCAUAUAGGGUGUUUAAUAGUCGCACUAAAAUAAUAAUGGAAUCAGCUAAUGUGGUUGUAAAUGACACUUCUAUAUUGCAGGUUGAACCUAGGAGUGAAGAUACAGAUAUGGAAACUCACGAAUCUGCAGAUGGUACUGAAGCUGACUUCGAGGAUUGUAACCAGCCUAUCAAUCCUGUGAUACGCAGACCUGGUGCAAAACAAGUUCAGAAAGAUCACUCACCUUCAGAUGUUAUUGGGAAUGUUAAUGAUAAAUUGAGAACUCGACAACAAGUCUGUAAUGAGGUAACCAAUUUAUGUUAUGUAUCCCUUAUUGAACCUAAGAGUGUGACAGAUGCUCUUGCAGAUGACGACUGGAUUCUGGCUAUGCAAGAUGAAUUAAAUCAAUUCGAAAGAAAUGAUGUGUGGUAUCUUGUUCCACGUCCCAAAGACUCAAAUGUAAUUGGUACCAAGUGGAUCUUUCAAAAUAAGACAGAUGAGAAAGGACAAAUUAUGCGCAACAAAGCUAGACUUGUUGCCCAAGGUUAUUCUCAAAUUGAAGGUUUGGAUUUUGAUGAGACUUUUGCUCCGGUUGCACGUUUAGAAUCUGUUCGAUUGUUGCUAUCCAUUGCAUGUUAUCUUCAGUUCAAGCUUUAUCAGAUGGAUGUGAAGAGUGCGUUCCUAAAUGGAGUUUUACAAGAGGAAGUCUAUGUGGAACAACCUGCAGGUUUUCAAGAUCCUAUCCAUCCCAAUCAUGUAUAUCGUCUGAAAAAGGCUCUCUAUGGACUCAAACAAGCCCCGAGAGCAUGGUAUGAUAGAUUGUCCCUUCUUCAAAAAGGGUACACUCGUGGUAGCAUUGAUAAGACCCUCUUUGUCAAAAGAACCAAACAAGAUUUAAUGGUUGCUCAAGUAUAUGUGGAUGAUAUUGUUUUUGGAUCUACUUCAGACAUCCUUGUCAAAGAAUUUCAUGAGGUCCAACAAUUCAAUGGUGGCAUGUUCAUAUCUCAAACAAAGUAUUUCAAAAAUUUGGUGUCCAAAUUUGGUCUAGAAUCUGCCAAGCCCAUUCGAAAUCCUAUGAGCACAAGCACCAAACUUUCCAAGGAUUUACAUGGCAAAAGUGUAGACCAGAAAUUAUAUAGAAGCAUGAUUGGCAGCUUGUUAUAUUUGACUGCCAGUAGACCUGACAUCUCCUUCAGUGUUGGACUUUGUGCUCGCUUCCAAUCCGAUCCCAAAGAAUCACAUCUACUUGCUGUGAAAAGAAUUCUCCGCUAUGUGAGUGGUACCACAAACUUUGGUGUAUACUACUCAUUUGACUCAAAUGUUGAACUUGCAGGCUAUUCCGAUGCAGAUUGGGCUGGGAGCAUUGAUGAUAGAAAAAGCACAACUGGUGGAUGUUUUUACAUAGGCAACAACCUUGUCUCUUGGUUUAGCAAGAAGCAAAAUUGUGUCUCUCUCUCCACGGCCGAGGCCGAGUACAUCGCUGCUGGAUGA